CGCUAAUGCCGUAUUUCAUAGAGCUCCUGUACUUCGGAAUUUGUGCUUGCUCUGGUUGCUGCGUCGCUUUCGGAUUAAGGCGUAUGGUGGUGGCUGUGUCUUCUGGACUGGGAUGAACCGCGCUCCUGGUGGAAGCAGGGAAGCCGAGCCUGAGCCAUGGCCAGUACAGUGGUAGCAGUUGGACUGACCAUUGCUGCUGCAGGAUUUGCAGGCCGUUAUGUUUUACAAACCAUGAAGCAUAUGGAGCCUCAAGUAAAACAAGUUUUUCAAAGUCUACCAAAAUCUGCCUUCAGUGGUGGCUAUUACAGAGGUGGGUUUGAAACCAAAAUGACAAAACGGGAAGCAGCAUUAAUACUAGGUGUAAGCCCUACAGCCAAUAAAGGAAAAAUAAGAGAUGCUCACCGACGAAUUAUGCUUUUAAAUCACCCAGAUAAAGGAGGAUCUCCUUACAUAGCAGCCAAAAUCAAUGAAGCUAAAGAUUUACUAGAAGGUCAAGCUAAAAAAUGAAGUAAAUGUAUGAAUUUUACGCUCAUAUUAUUUUAUGUAUAUGAGUACCAAUUGUUUUAUAAUAAAAUUUCUCAGUGCUCUA